AUGUUUUCUCACGCACAUAUCAUGAAUCUAGAAACUGGUAUCAUCGACUACUCACACACACUCUUACAGACGCUUUGCGGGGGUUAUCUGAGAUCACAUAUAAAAAUGGUGAAGGGAGUUGCAGUUCUUAACAGCAGUGAGGGUGUUAGUGGCACCAUCCUCUUCGAACAAGAGACAGAAGGUGCUCCCACUACUGUUACUGGAAACCUUUCUGGCCUUAAACCUGGACCUCAUGGUUUCCAUGUUCAUGCACUUGGUGACACAACCAAUGGAUGCAUGUCAACUGGCCCUCAUUACAAUCCUCAUGGAAAGGAACAUGGUGCUCCAGAUGAUGAGGUUCGCCAUGCUGGCGAUCUUGGGAAUGUUACAGUAGGCGAAGAGGGCACUGCAAAAUUCACCAUUGUUGAUAAGCAGAUUCCACUAAUUGGAUCUCAAUCCAUCAUUGGAAGGGCUGUAGUUGUCCAUGCUGAUGCUGAUGAUCUUGGAAAGGGUGGCCAUGAGCUCAGCAAAAGCACUGGAAAUGCUGGUGGAAGGGUUGCAUGUGGUAUCAUUGGAUUACAAGCUUGAUUGUCUACUGCUCUCAUCUCUAUUCCAGGGAAUACUGAGGCUUUCUUUCUUGAAAAAAAAAAAACCAUAUAAAAAUUAGAUGUAUCUUCAUACUUUCUCACUCUCUAUCUCCAUAAGUUAUGGUUGUGUCACUGCUGCGUUGUUGUUCAAUAAAGUAUUCCCUGUGCUAUUUCAAUACUUGAAUAUCUUUUGAGCCAAGUUUUGAAUUUAGACUUGUUUUUAUACAAUUUCCCUUUUCUGUUUAUUUAUUUGAAGCUUCUUACGCAACACACACUACAUGUCUUGUCUUUUACCAAAUAAUAUGCUAAUUUUACUGUAAACGUGAGUCCAAAGUGAAACACUUAACAUUAGGAAUGUCACCACUCAAUAAGGCUAUGUUAGCGUUAGCUAUAUGGUAAUAAACUUCCUCAACAUCGUAAUUGGACAACUUCAGUGUUAUUCUUCUCAAAAUGCACAUGAGUAGCAUUAUGCGUUAUAUUUCAUUAAAAUUUUCAUUAUUUAACUUAUCUGCUAUUAAUGUAUGGUUAAUUUAUUUUCUUUAUGUAAAUACGCCAAAACUCAACAUUGCUUAUAAUUGUAUUAAUAUAUGCAUAGAUAAACAGCAUAUAUUUAAUUUUUCUAGGAAUAAUAUAUACAUAUAAAUAUUUUAAAGAUGUUGAGUUUUUUGCCCUAUUUUGGAAUAAUUUGUGGCUACGCGUUUCUUGGGUAAAGAGUCGCUUAAGUUUAGAAAAAAGAUUGUUUUGGACGACUCUGCGUUGAGGUGGGUGAGGUCAAGAUCCAACUCAUUUUUACACUUGAUAACCCGUUUUGUUGUAUUUUUUGUGAUACACAAUAUGCUUCAGCGCACGAGCAAACCAGACCACAUACAUCACGACUUGGACAUCAUGUUGAUGUUGCUACAGUAAGACAAAAAAUAUUGGCCGACCAGUGGGUCUCUGGAGGUUUUCAGAAACUUGAUAGUGACUUUGAUUUCUCAAGAUGACAUGGACUGUGACUUGCAGUUGGUAACCAUUUUGUAGUCGGUGAUAAGGGGGCGAUUUAAGCGUAUUUGAGUGUCACUUUAAUAUAUACUAUACGCACCUGUAUCUCUUUGGAGAUUUCAUUGCUGUUGUUGGUACUUUAUUUUCUUCAAUUAUAAGUGAUCUUGUAGCAACUCUUUGAAUUGGUUGGUGAUGAAGAAUACAUGUUGUGCAUCUCUUUCUUUGAUGUACAUAAUUACCCCAAUUGCGGAACCAUGUAAAUUCAUGUCACAUGUAUUGAUUUUCUUGCCAUCUAUGUUUGCUACACCUUGGUAUGUAUGUUGCUCUUAUUAUUAGGCAUUGUUGUCAUAUUUCCUCAUCUUAGGACUGUAUUAGAGAGUAGGGUAGCAUGAACGAUGAUUUAGGGCCUCCAAAUUUCUAGAACCUAUUCUUUAUGUAUCUACUUAUAAUGUUUUAGAAAAAAAAAAACUUUUGGUAUUAAGUCGUUGCAGACAGCGGCAAAAAGGGUCUCAUUUUUUUUCGGG